CUUUCAAAACUUCCUCAAAAACCGAAACAGAGAGUGAUCAGCUGACAGUGAGUGCAGUAGCAGAAAAUGCAGAUAUAAAGUUGUAAAUUUCAGCUGUGACAUGUUCAUUUGUCUCCUAUACAUACAUGUUUGUAUAACCCCAGCGAGAGAAUAGAGAGGAAUGUGAACAGGAAGUGGAAGAAACUGCUGGUAUCUGGAAGUACUCAGAGGUGGGUGGAAGAGCUCGUCUCUCAGCCACAGCAAAGAGAGAAACAUGAGCACUGAGUACCAACCACUCUCUUCAGCAGAAUCAUGCAGAAGUUUAUUCAUAGAAACACCAGAGUGCUUUAUAUGCAGGGAUGUUGAACUUCAAGCCAGUGACCCACUGAGGAAUUUCUGUGACUGCAAGAAUUUACUUGCCCAUCACGUGUGUCUGUCCACAUGGAUCCAGAGGGGAUGUGGGAGUGAAGACAGGUUGCGAUGCAUCAUCUGCAAAGCCAAGUACCAGCUCCAGUGGAAUUCUCCAUGGCGGUCAAUUAGCUUCCAGUGGCAAACGUGGCUUGUGCUGAUCACUGUGUUCGUUUUGCUGGGUCUGGUGCCUUAUGUUGUGCACUGCAUGAUGACUGCCUUCACCAGCCCUCCUCCUCCCAGCACCUUUAAAGUGGCAGCAGCCUCUUUUGGUCUGCUUACAGAGAUCCUGCUAAUCAAGUGUCUGUCGAGCUACCUCUGCAGUCGUUACCGGCAGGCUGAGCAGAGCUCCUUCACUGUCCAGGCCAGAGGCUCAGAGGAAGACAGAGCGGGCAGGGGCCGCUGGGAUCGGUCUGAGGCCACUUCAGCAGCAGUGGGUCACGCUUCACCGGAAGCCUCACCCAGCCAAGUGGACGCAAGGAAAGUGGAUGUGUUGAAGAGUGGAUGUCUCAGCCUUUUCUAAACCACUAACAGAGGGAGCUUACAGAAUAGAGGGCCAGAGUAAAUCCUUUGGGUUUUAGAUGUGUCUAACAGCCAUCCAAGAUAUCACAUCAGUUUAUCAGCGUAGCAUUUAUGAGAUCUUACACUUUAAAACCUAUUUUCAAGGUGUCAAAUAAUCCUGUUUUCCUCUAUGUCUAACCUUUACACUUUAUUCAGCAGAUGUAUUCUCACAUAUUAUAAAUUGAUGAUAAGGAAGAGAGUGCACGCAGCUUGCAUGAGUGUGUUCAGGCUCAGAGAGAAAAAAACGCCUGAAAUCACUCUCUUUCCUUAAUGAUGCCCACACAGAGACAAUGGGGCGCCGUUCUGAUUAGUGUCACCUGUCCUUGUGCAUCUCAUCAGCUCCAUUAUGGCUCCAUCUCCCAUGCUUCUUCUGCUAAUUGAAUAGCCCGUGAAGUGGUGACGGGACGGGGGCGAGAGCAACGUCUGUCCCACUGCUGCUUCAGAAAUGAGAGUAAAGCUUCCCAGUGAGACACUAGUUCUUAAAACAUAAACCAUUAUCAUACAGAUAGAAAAAGUGAUAACAAGUAGCCUUCAUGUUACAUUAUCGUCACAUCAUACCGUCAUAUUAAUUUUUUUCACACUGUAUGUAACAGCUUUCAGUUUGCAUUUGCUGUAUGUUUUGAGGGAGAUGCAACGCCACACUACACAUUUCUUCAGUAUAUCAGACAGAACGUUCAUACUGGAUGUAGCCACAAGUCGUUUACUAAUGUUUUUCAGGUGUAUAUUUCUACAGUAGCUGCAAAUGAAAAUAAUAGUAUGGGAAAUUAUGUAGCCAGGGUUAGGAAAGCAGCUUAUUGCCACCCAUAGUUGCAUUUUAUUGUUAAGCGACCUCCUGUGGCCUGUGGUAAUAAUCACAGAAGCAAAGGACAAUGUUGUUUCUCUCAUCCAUGACCAUUCCACAACCUGAACCACAUUUCUAUUAUUGCAACAACGACAGAGAAGGUCCUCUAAUCUUGGGAAAGUACGUAUUAACCCAAAGCACAAUCUUUUUCUAAACCUAACCAAGUAGUUUUUGUGCAUAAACGUAACCAAACUAUAAUUGUUUCCUAAGCUUAACUGCAUGUUUAUUGCUGUAACCAUGGCAACAAAGGUCCAGUACAUCUGCCACCGUUUGGGCACUCUUUUAAGAGAUGCUUCUGGUCAUAUCAGAGUAUUGGAACAAACAACCUACAUGGUCAUUUAAGUUGGAGGAUUUGUUGGUACUGUCAUAAAAUUGAGUGCUCAAGAAGAAUGAUCAAAAUCAGUCCUGCAGAGGCCAAGACAUACUGUCUUUUGGUCCUUAGUAUGUCUGAGCUCCAAAAACACUGCAUCCUACAUUACCCAUAAUGCAACAAAUACUGCAUCUUUUUUGUUUCUCGGUAAGUGGUCAUGCCCCCCAGUUUGUACCACAGACUUUGUUCUAUUUUGCAGUCUAUAGGCCCAAGCAGAGGCGAACCCUGAUGACAUCACCCAAAUAACCCUGAUGACAUCAUCAGUGUCAUUUGUAAACCAGUUUUGAUGUAGCUCCUCCUCCUCUAGAGUUCCCCUUUAAGGCAUAAUUUUCUAAGAAUGUACUGUAAAUAAAUGCUUCUCUGUAAAUGUAUUCAAUAGGAAACUGCCUUGUAUAUUAAAUCAUUAAUAAUUGAAUGUUUUGUUAAACCAUUACUGAACCACUAUGUUGUUCAAAAGUUUUUAUACUGUAAGUGGAAGCGAAAUAAAAAUUGAGGCAGGCCUCAAUCUGAUAUUUA